CCUCGCAAGUCGAUCGCAACUCUAGUUUGCCUGGCCAUGUCACAGAGACGGGGCGAGGAGUCCGGCUGCUCUAGUAGGGUAUCCACUCCACUUUCUGCAGCACACGACGAAUCUCGUCCGAAAGCUUCAUGUCCGCCGCCUCCACCUUCAUCUCGUCGCCCGUCUUGGCCUCCACCUCCACCUAAACUUGAACCUCCACUUCCAUGUGCUGAAGUAGCCUUCCGUUACCCGUAUCACAUGCCAGUCGGAAGGAGAAGUGCCACGAUCCAGAGGGUGGAGGCAAGCCUGCCGGGCAUUACAGGCAAGGCCCGCCCUGCCGGCCUCGACGACGUCCGCGCUCCGUUGGUCGUCACCAUAGGUCCCUACUAUCGUGGUGCAUAUGGCCCGGACUGGUCCCGGCUCCAUUUGAUGGAGGAGGCCAAGCACGCCGCGCUGGAGGAGUUUGGCCGGGUGUCGAACCAACCGCGUGAGGCGCUUCAAGAAAAGAUCCUUUCAGUGGCCGCAUCUGCCCGCAAGUGCUACCGCGGCGACAGAAUGGUCAAUUCCUACUACGCCAAUUCUGUGGACGAGGGUGACCGUAACUUCGCAGAAAUGUUGUUGUUGGACGGCUGCUUCCUGCUGCAGUUCAUGGUGUCCAUGUGCCCCGACGACCCCAAGGCCCCGGCGGAGCUAGACCCGCUCAUGUCCAGGGCCGAGGUGCACAGCUGCAUCGACGCCAUCGCCAGGGACGUGAUGCUGUUCGAGAACCAGAUCCCCUGGCUGGUGCUCGAGGCUCUCAUGGAGUUGAGGCCGGGUGUGCCCGUCGACAGGUUCCUCACUCUCAUGGCCUCAGCCUUCCAGGCCGGCAACGAUGACUCAACUGAUCCGAAGGCCCAGCAUGAUCACGAUGAUCACCACCACAACAAGCCGCCGCAUCUCCUUGGCCUCUUCCAUCGCCGUCAGAUAGGCACGGCGCGUACCCAGAGCCUACUCGUCCCCAAGCUGUCUUCCCUCUCCACCACCGCCGUGGAGCUCGCGGAGAUGGGCGUCAAGCUGACCGCCGGCAAGACCAAGAAAUUCGGGGACAUGAGCAUGGCAAACCGGCAGUGGCGGGGCCUCGGCCUCUUCGGCGAGCUCUCCCUGGCGCCGGUGGUCCUCAACGACCUGACCGCGUGCUGGCUCAUCAACAUGGCGGCGUACGAGGCGUGCGUGAGCGCGACGCAGGCCGACAACUUCGCCGUCAGCUCCUACAUCUCCGUCGUCGCGCUUCUGGUGAACCGGGAGGAGGACGUGCAGGAGCUGCGCGGCAAGGGCAUCAUCAACAGCGCCAUGAGCGACAUGGGGACGCUGGAGUUCUUCAAGUGGGCCGCUCCGCACCUGCGCGUCGGCCACCGCUACUACGAGGUCUUCCGAGGCCUCCAGGAGUAUAGGCAGAGGUGGGCGUGGAUGGCUGUCCACAGAUUCUUGUACAAAAACUACAAGACCAUCGGCGCCGUGCUCUCCAUCAUCGGGGUGCUUGCUGGCCUCUUCAAAACCAUCCUCUCGCUGAAGCAGUAGCACUAGCUAGCGGUAAAGGGAUCCCCGUGCAUGCCAGUAAUUUAUUAUUACACAAAGAAAAAAUGCUGAAUGUGUCACUCUAUAUACAUAUAUACAUAUAUAUAUAUAUAUAUCUUUUUUCGUUGCCUCGAUA